GAUUACGAAUUGAAAAUACCCGCUAGAAAAAGCUUAUGCCAAAAUACCAUUCCUUUCUUAAAUGUCCUUAGGGAGUUGCUAUGCGUUCACUGUCUAACUUCUCCGUCUUUCGUUGCGGAGAAACAAUUUAUUUCCUGUAUGCUGUUUUCUAAACACUAUCCAAAUGGUUAUUCUGCGAAGAUUUUUGUAAACACAGAUGGUAUUCAUUUGACGGGUGAAAAUCAACCCGUUUCCAACUCUCUCCUCAUAAGUUGGAGUUGUAUACUUCGUUGGCAACAGGAGUAUCUCUCGACGUUGAGUUGUGUCUUUCAAGUUUACAUUGUUGGUUUAAUUCAUCCACAAACUCCUGACGACUCCGAAGCAUCAAGUGCUCUUUGCAAUACUCAUCAAUUCAAACAUAAAGACGACAUCACACACACAAUAACACCAGCAAAGCACUCCUUUGAAGUGAACGGGUUUGCUCACGAUGUCUCGUUGGAUUUCUGUUGUUUGGCCAUUUAUAUCGAUAAUCGAAGUGAUUGCGAUAUCAUUUCGAAGGCUUUUCAAACUUAUGCUCUCUGUGACAGCAAAGAGAGGGUUCAACGACCGCUGCUCGUGUUUGUGAAUAAGGCGAGCGGUCAGGCGAAGGCGGAGAAAAUUUUCUCCGAAUUCGCCGGCCCACUCCUCACCUUCUCCGGUUGCACCUUCGAUGUUGUCUACACAGAACACAGAGGCCACGCAGCCGAGUACAUCCGGGAGUUGUCGCCAAGCAAACUGAAGAAGUAUCGUGCUCUUGUCUACGUCUCUGGUGAUGGCGUUCUCCACGAACUCGUGAAUGGCCUCUUCAAUAGGGAUGACUUGACUUACCUCCCCCCUUUCGCCUGCAUCCCCGCUGGCAGUGGAAACGCCAUGGCAUCCGCCAUCUGCUACCGCUCUGGAAUUUCAACAAAGAGAAAUCUGCUCAAGUCCUGUACCAUCCUCUUGGCCCUGCCAAACGCCUCAGCUACCUCCAUUCCUCGUGAGCCUUCGACUCCCUUCCAACUGCAAACCCAUUGGCAGAUACACAAACCAAUGAUCUUAGAAGCCGACAUCUGGACUCAACCACGGCUCUGUUCUGUUGCUGUCACCUGGGGCUUCAUCUCCGAAGUAGACCUCCGGAGUGACUUCCUCCGUUUUCUAGGAGGUGUUCGCUUCAAAAUAAUUUUCGCCUUUCUACUAAUGAGACUCAGGAAGUACCGUUGCGAAUUCAGUUUCCUACUUGCUAGACACGACGAGGCUCUUAUUAAGCAGUUGAGAGACACUUUUGGAGAUCGUCUUCAUGUUGGUUCCAGCAAUUCCAUUUGGUCAACUCCAAAAGGUUUAGUUAAUACUCAAUCGAUUCUGGCUUUGUUGCGGUCUAUCACUGCGCGCAAAGUAGCGCAGAGUUGGAGCCAACUGUUUGAAGUUAGUUACCGUGCGGAGGGUUGGGAGUGUGAAGGCACUGAGGCAGUUGGAGAUGACGCGCUCCAGCUUGCGAUGACGUUGGAUGUUGAGGAGUUUUUGUUGUGAUAUCUGCCGAGUGUGAAUGAGAGCCUACCCGAUGACGAGGGCUGGAUUCGUAUCAAGGGGAGUUUUGUGGGACUCAACUUCCUCACCAUCUCCCAUCUUGAAUCCGACGGAGUGUACUUUGCUGAACAGGACAUCGACUCCAAUCACAUCGUUGUUCAUUUCAUGCCUCCCAACGUGUCCAGGUUUGAAAUGAUACGGUUAAUGACAUCAACUUUCAAUGGUCAUCCUAAUGAGUGCGCUAAAACUGGGAUUUCCCUCUACGUGAAGGCCUUUAGAAUAACUCUAGAUGAAGAAUCCUCCAAGUUGCCCUAUCUUUGGAGUAUCGAUGGGGAGUCCUUCAACGGAAUGCGGAUCUUCCAAGGUGAAUUGCAAUCCCAGGGCUACCCUAUCCUGGCACUACCCCACGUUCCACGAAAUCCAAUUAACCAUGCGCCUAACUUUCUAGGACACUAG